CAAUAAACAACGCCAUAUAGUUCGACUGGCCAUACGGAAAUAAUUAUUUUUAUGUAUGAGACAGUAUUUUCAUUAAAAUAUCUUUAGUUUUAACAAGUUUUAUAUUACAGUAAAAUAUUUAUUGUUUGGAGUCAGUCAGCCAAUGAAAUUGGACGUUUUUGUACGCGAUGACGUCACUACACAGAGUAAAACUAUCGCGCCGUUUUCGUGGUCCAUGUACUAGCCUGUCGUCGCGAUGGAGGCAUCAAACAAUUCCAGGGAAUUGUUGUUGAACCAUUUAUUACAACGGCUUUACACACGUCUGUCACUUUGGCUGGAACGUAUUCCUCUUGACAUUGACUUCUUAGAAUUUACAUGUUCUCAGGAGCUGGUCAUUUUUAGUGCCAUCUUAAAUCAGAUACCCAUUCCGAAUGAACUGUAUGAUGCACUUUAUCAAGUACAUCAGAUGGCCGUUAGAAAUACUAACACAGAUCCAUACAUCGUGGUUUCCCAAGACAGAGGAAAAACUGGCCGUCCACGGAUUCAGAUUUCUGAGGAUUCUGUAUCCCAGAUGCUUACAUUAGGAUUGCCUGUGACGUGUAUUUCAAGGUUGCUAGGGGUAACAAGGUUCACAAUUCAUAGACGCAUGGUGGAAUGGGGAUUGUCUGUGAAGGCAACCUACAGCAGCAUGGCAGAUGCAGAGCUAGACGCACUUGUGGCAACAAUCCACAGAAGCAAUCCAAAUGCUGGUUAUAGAAUGAUGAUGGGUCUGCUGAGAGCACAAGGUCAUCGAGUACAAUGGGAGAGAGUUCGUUCUUCAAUGCAUCGAGUUGACACAGCAAGCAUUGUUUCCAGGAUGUCACAAUUAGGAUGUGUGGUUAGGAGGACAUACUCUGUUCCUAGCCCAAAGUCCCUGAUGCACAUUGACACAAACCACAAGCUGAUACGGUACAACAUUGUGAUAUUUGGAGGCAUCGAUGGCUUCUCCAGGAAGAUAAUGUACCUUGGUGUGUCAAAUAACAACCUGGCUUCAACAACACUAUCUUUCUUCCGUGAGGCAGUUCAGAAGUUUGGAUUUCCACUGAGGGUUCGGGGUGAUCAUGGAGGAGAGAAUGUAGAUGUGGCCUGCCUUAUGUUCUCUGUCCGGGGAACAGGGAGAAGUAGCUUCAUUGCUGGUAAAAGUGUUCACAAUCAGAGAAUCGAGCGAUUGUGGCGGGAUGUGUUCACUGCCGUUACCUCCCACUUCUACCAUGUUCUGCACCAGCUGGAAGAGGAUGGGCAUCUUGAUCUGUCCAGCAAUCUUCACAUUUUCUGCUGUCACUAUGCCUUCAUCCCACGGCUCCAAACCCAUCUCAGUAUAUUUAGAGAUGGAUGGGACAACCAUCCUCUUUCCUCAGAGGGCAACCUCUCUCCAAAUCAGCUGUGGCAAUUGGGGAAGCAGUACCAUUCAGAAGAGUGUGAUGAGAAUCUACAGAUUCCAGAAAUUGAUUGGGAAAGCAGCGGUCUUAUCUCCAAUCACACAAAUUCUGGAAUCCAGGUUCCUGAGAUUGAAUCUCCACUGAGCACUGAGGAACUUAAUGACCUUAAGGCUGCUGUGGAUCCAAUGCAGCCAUCAGAAAAUUUUGGGGCAGAUGUUUACAUUGCUGCACUGCAGUACAUGAACAGUAUUGGCUAUAUGUAAGGGAGAAUAUCUGUAAUUGAGAUGAACCUCCCCCCAAAAAAUCACAAACAAGAAGUUCUGUCUAGCUAUUUUAUUUUUUUUAACUGUAGCAGACAAAAUAAAUGUAUUCACUUUAAGCAGUCUUUUGUUUUACUACAACUGUAGCUGUCUGAAAGAAGCUUAAAUGUUGAACUAGUAAAUGAAAAAAAUAACAAUUAACAGAAUUAACACAUUAAUAUAAACAGUUUGGGUCAUUUAAUAUUA